CAUUUCUACGAUCCACUGAUAGCUGGUACAGUCUCUGCUCCUUUCAUGAAUUUCUAUCAUUCCAUUCACCUGUCUGCAGAGUUCCAUCCAAUGGAUACAUUGGUAGAAACCUGAAUGGAAAUCCAUUUGACUACUUAGCUAAUUUAUUCCAGGGCUAUAAAAUGACAGCCCUGGGGGCCGUCAUGGUUGUCAGCCAUUCUUAAUAGAUCACGGUACUCUUUCCUACAGAGCCUGCCCGGGCUCAAAAUGCUUUGUAGAGUACUGCUCUGGGCAACCAUCACCGAUCAAUAUGAAAUGGAAGAUGAAACUGUGUUCAUCAAAAGAUUCCAGGAGAACAAUAAGUAAGCAAACAUCCUGGGAGAAGAUAUUUGAAAUGUACCAUACCAAAUGUUCAGCAUCCAGAUUGCAUAGCAUGCUUACAAAGAAAGAAAGAAAAGGCACAUUUGCUAUCUUCACUCUAGGAAGGAAGAUUUCUGGUUGGGGUGGUGGGUGAAGUGGGGGAGACUUGAGUUCCCUAAGCUUAGCAUUUAUGAACAUAGAAAGAAAGAAAGAAAGAAAGAAAGAAAGAAAGAAAGAAAGAAAGAGCACCACGGAAACCCACAACUGUUUGAUGUCAACAGCAGGUGUGGGCCAGGCUUGUUGGCCCCACCUCAGUUCUGUUCACCUGCUUGGUCCCAGAGCCAGCAGGCUUCAGUCUCCUGCUGGCAACUUUGUAUGCUUGUGAGUAGCUAGCAAGGACUUCAACUUGAUUUGCUUCUUCUCGACCACUGCACCUGUCAAACAGACCAAGAUAUUUACAGAUCAAGAUCUUUACAAGGGAGCCAGAAAGGGAUGCACUUUCUGAACAAACACAGACACAAAACGCUUUGACAGUGAAGGGCCUUUGAUGGUUCUGUCUGUUAUGGCAGCUGGGAUUUGGCCAUAAUCUAGAAGACGCGUGGUGAAUGCAGUUCCAAAUCAUAUAACCAUAUUCUGUGCUAAACGGUCGUGCUUUCAAUGGCUGAAUUCAAGAUCCCACUUAUUCGUGAGGCACCAAGAACUAUGAACAGACAGGGCAAGAGAAGGACAACAAAAGAAGCUUCCAGUCAUUUGAAAUUCCAGGACUUCGGUCUGCCAAAAAAUAGGUCAUGGCCUCGAAUCAACAGUGCCACCGGCCAGUACCUGAAUACUGAGGAGCCUCCUCCCUGUGAAAGAAACUCUGCUGCAGUGGGCCUGGAGGGAGCAAAAGACCUCAGAGAUGGCGACUAUGAAGACCCAGAACUUCGUAUGGAAGAGGCAUGGCGAACGAUAAAAAUUUUACCAGCCAGGCCUAUAAAGGAAUCUGAAUAUGCAGAUACGCGCUAUUUCAAGGAUAUGAUGGACACUCCCUUUUCCUUGGACGCCCAGCCCUCCGUCCCCACGGAGGGCCAACACUGGCACACACGGAUGGGGCUGGAAGAAGUGAACAAACAAAUUUCCAAGGAUUCCAGAAGCCAACACGUUAAAGGAGACAGACCCGCAAAGGAAAGCAAGACUCCUUUCCCACCUCCUCGGCCACCUGGCAUUCUUCCAAAGAAGUACCAGCCCCUGCCGCCCCAGCCGGAGAGCAGCUGGUCACUCCUCCCUCAGAGGCUCGCCUUUCCCGACGUCCAGAGAGAACCCAGACAGAUAAGCUUAAAGGACUUACAUGAGGUCCUCGGAACAGAGAGAGUCCCUCAUUGCCAGAUGAAGCCUGAAUCGAUUCACCUGUCACAAAAUCAAAGUACUCAAGAGACUCCUCUUGCCAUCACCAGCUCACCACUCGUGAUGAAAAACCAAAGUGCACAAAACAGAGAUCAUAAACACAGCACCCAGUUCCAUCCUCCCCAGAGAUGUCAGUCUCCAGCCCGCUAUGGCCCUCAGGAAACUUUGCCGCACUAUAAAAACACAGGCUGGAGAAAACCUUUCCCCACAAGUUCUGAUGAAAAGGAUGUCCCACAAAACAACUGGUACGUUGGAGAGCACAGUCGCCAGGCAGCGGAAGAGGCAUUAAGGAGGGAGAACAAGGAUGGCACUUUCUUGGUCCGAGACUGUUCCACGAAAUCCAGGGCAGAACCCUACGUUUUGGUGGUGUUUUAUGGGAACAGAGUCUACAACGUGAAAAUCCGUUUCCUGGAGAAGAAUCAGCAGUUUGCCCUGGGGACAGGACUCAGGGGAGACGAGAAAUUUAAUUCGGUGGAAGACAUGAUCGAACACUACAAGUAUUUUCCCAUCGUACUAAUUGACGGGAAAGAUAAAACUGGAAUCCGCAGGGUGCAAUGCUACCUAACACAGCCGCUCUCCUUCAGCAGAUGCUUCUCACCAUGGUAG